CUGUAGAACUCUGUGAGUUACUAUACGAUUUAUCCGAUAGAAAAAGGGGGUUCGUACUAUGUGCGGAGUAUAGUUGUCCAUUUAAUCAACAACCAAGCAGGGUUUCAGACGAGAAUAAAAGCUUCUUCACAGUGAGAAAACGUUCUCUGUUCCUGCCUUUUGAGAUCCAUCAGAUCUGCCCUGCCAGGUGGAAUGCCAUAUCCGAAGUAGCUAUGUACUUACGUACGUGUAAUUGUUAGUACAUGUUCCAGGGAGAAUGAAAGCUUGUGAUAGAAAGAGGCGAGCAAGCUGUGUUACGGGUCUGAUAUGCACCUUAGCCAUGGAUAAGCAAUUGAAGGCAGCCGAGGUUCUGCACAGAGUACAUCUGUCACAGCUUGCUACAGCCUUCCCUAAGACCUGUCUUCUGUCAUUUGCAUCUCUUCUGCUGCUCCUUUGCCUCCUGUAUCCUUCAACCGGUUCUUGCAUCUCCGACUUCAUUGAUGUCCGGAAGGUACGGAGUUCUUGUCAAAAGAGAAAAAAAUUAAGGUUAAGCCUCCAACUUAAUGACUAAAACAUUACAUAGCACGGAUAAAUGAAAUACCGGUUCCCAGCGGUCCAGUCACGUGGAAAUCUACCUUCCCCACAGGAGCUUCGACAGCUUCGACGGAGCGAUGCAAGAGACGCAGACGGAGACGGGGACAAGCAAAGGAAGAAGACGGCCUGAAAGGACACAGUGAGAGGACCAAGAGGAAGAGAGACAGCCAUACAUACAGAUAUUGGAUGGUGAGGGCCACAAGAUCUAUAGAGACAGCCCUGGGCUGCAGACAUUCAGAGUGAUCGGUGAUCUUCCAAGGAGAAACGUCAUAUCAAAUUGUUCUGCCUACACCAACAAGUACCUACCACUACCCUUUACGUCAACCUAUCCACAACACAGACCGGCAAGAGAAAAGACCUAGAAAAUGGCGUCUACUAUCCUACCCCUGGCUGAAAUCCCUACAUUGUCUCUACUUUAUCGUCUUAGACAUCUUGCGGCAGCGGCUACCCCGCAGGUCUCCACGCCAUCGCAGCGACUCAACGAUAUCAUCAGCCAUGUAACCCAUGAUAUCACCCGUCUCGAAGUUGACUGCAUCGUGAAUGCCGCGAACGAAUCCCUUCUCGGUGGUGGAGGCGUCGACGGGGCCAUUCAUCGAGUAGCGGGCCCAAACUUGCUGCGAGAGUGUCGUACGCUUGAUGGAUGCCAGACGGGCGAUGCCAAGAUCACAGAUGCCUAUGAACUGCCAUGCAAAAGGGUCGUCCAUGCUGUGGGACCUGUAUAUGUGAUGGAAAGGUUUCGUGGAGGUCCUGGUCGGGGUGACGUGCGAAGACCAGAGACGCUGCUGAGAGGCUGCUACCAGCGCAGCCUGGAACUCGCAGUCGCCAAUGGAGCAAAGAGUAUCGCCUUUUCGUCGAUUAGUACCGGGGUUUAUGGGUAUCCAAGUGUCGAGGCGGCCACUGUGGCGAUCAAGGUGGUGAGAGAGUUCCUUGAGUCCCAUCCCCAGUCAUUGGAGAGGGUCAUCUUCUGUACCUUUGAGAGAAAAGAUUGCAGGGCAUAUGAUAUGCUCCUACCUCAAUAUUUCCCUCCCACUGAACAGGAUCUUCCGCCUUCCACAACCACUAAGGCGGAAGAAACAGAAAUGGGUUCUGGCGUUCCACAUACCCCCGAGAUCCUCGCCGCCAGUCUUCCUGAUGCGCCAACAUCUGAACCAGUGACUCAGGACGGUGGCUCCACGGCUAAAAAGGCAAAGCUGGCCCCAGAUAAUAGCACCAUCACUGCUCGAGAUCUCGAAGAUGACGAUGAUUGGGAAAAGGUUGACCAACCGGUGAACACCAAGGAGAACCUCGACGACGAUCCGGUGGAAGUUGACAACGGUCCAACCGCGGCAGACGUCCAGAGUGUUUCCAGUGCCGCUGAUCUUGAAUCCUCCCAUGAAGGAAAAUUCAGAUAAGUUCAGUCCUGACAUUGACAGGCUGGAGGAAUUUCUUUUUUUCCCUCUCCUUUUUUUCUAUUUAUUUAAUUCAAAGUCACCAACCACCCUUGUAUACAACGUACUUCAAGCCAUUACACCUCCUCGUUGGUUCUUUUUUCCUUUUCUUUCUUUUCUUCUUCCCCUCUCCUCACGAAUGUGAUAUGAUACAAUGUGGUCAAUGUACUCUGGAAUUACGGAUAUGGCUUAAGGGAUUAUGGGGUUGAUUGGAGCAUGGCUGUCUAUCAAAUAACAAGUAUGCGUGUUCCCCAAUGCAGACAUCGGGCUUUCCAAACCGACCAUGUUUUCUUUUGCCCUCCUGCCCUUUUUAUCGCGUCAACCCAACCCUUGCAGUUCCACCUAGUCAGGGGCAACCGUAGCCUAAAUCUCCCCAUCUCCUCCACUGGAUGCCUCAAGAGGAUCGUCAAGCCAUGAAACGGCCGGGCCACCUUGCAUCCUCACAUAUAUAUGUAUGCAUUAUCAAAAGAUUAUCGAGGUCCGAAAGUCCGGCCGGAAGGUUGAAGCGGAGCGAGGAGGCACGCCUGGGCGUUUGCGCCGGCCAACUAGUUUUAGACUAUUAGGGUUAACUAAGUCUGUGUACAUGUACAAUAAGUAUUACCGCUCCAUAGCCUUGUGACACUCAUCGAUCGUUCGAUGCCAUGGAACGGGGACUCUACUAUAGUGAUAUGAUAUGGACUUGCAUCCUUUGCCCCUGUGCUCGAUGCCGAUUUGUCGAUAUCCAUCUAUAAGACGGAUGGUAUAUACGGAUAUCUCCCAGCACAACGGACCAGGGAGCCGAACUGAAAGGGGAAACUCGAGCAGAGCAAAGGGCCUCUCGACGUUCGUAAAAACG